AGUCUAUGGUCGCAGUCGCCUUCUCGCCGGGGACGCUGCCGCUCGCGCCAUUCCGGAUUUCAAAUUUAGAACGGUGUUCGUUCGGAAAGUGACUCGUGGAUUUUAGCGUGUUUGAAUUCGGUUUUGCGUGAUUCCUGCUGCGGAUUUCCGUUGUCUUCCUAGACGAUAACAACAUCAGCAGCACAGACUAACAAAACGAGACACCAAAACCUCUUCUCUCAACCUCAAACGCGCAAUGUCACUCGGGCUUGCUUGACGCGUCGUCGCUUCACCGUCCAAUAAAAUAACCUAUCAAACAAAAUAACUUUAAUCAAAAUAUGCGGAUAGCUACAACACUUUGUUAACAAAUAACUAGUUGUUUUACAGUCAUGGUGUCGUUGAGUGUGUGUGUGUUGUGGACAGUGUUGGUGGGCGGUGUGUGGGGGUUGGACAAUGGGCUGGCGUUAACCCCGCCGAUGGGGUGGCUAGCGUGGGAGCGGUUUCGGUGCAAUACGGAUUGCAAGAAUGACCCUGAGAACUGUAUAAGCGACCGUCUCUUCCGCACCAUGACGGACAUCCUGGUGUCCGAGGGCUACGCGGCCGCCGGCUACGAGUACAUCAACGUGGACGACUGCUGGCCGGAGCGCGAGCGCGACGCGCGCGGGGCGCUGGUGCCCGACCGCGAGCGCUUCCCGCACGGCAUGAAGAGCUUGUCCGACUAUGUGCACAGCAAGGGGCUGAAGUUCGGCAUCUACGAGGACUACGGCAACUUCACGUGCGCGGGUUACCCCGGCGUCGUGGGGAACCUGGCCGGAGACGCGCGGACCUUCGCCUCAUGGGGCGUGGACUACGUCAAGCUGGACGGGUGCUACGCCCUGCCCUCCGACAUGGAUCACGGCUACCCGGAGUUCGGGCGGCAGCUCAACCUCACCGGCAAGCACAUGGUCUACUCGUGCUCGUGGCCCGUGUAUCAGAUUUACGCUGGGAUACAGCCGAACUUCUCGUCAAUAAUCGAGCACUGCAACCUGUGGCGCAACUUCGACGACAUCCAGGACUCGUGGGCGUCCGUCGAGUCUAUCAUAGACUACUACGGAAACCAUCAGGACGUGAUCGUGCCCAACGCCGGGCCCGGACACUGGAACGAUCCUGAUAUGCUGAUCAUCGGUAACUUCGGCCUCUCGUACGAGCAGAGCAAGACCCAGUUCGCGAUCUGGGCGAUCCUGGCGGCCCCUCUGCUGAUGAGUGUGGACCUGCGCACCAUCCGGCCUGAGUACAAGGCCAUCCUGCAGAACAGGAAGAUCAUCGACGUGGACCAGGACCCGCUCGGCAUACAGGGCCGCAGGAUAUACAAGCACCGCGGCAUAGAGAUCUGGUCGCGCCCCAUCCUGCCGAUCCAGGGGCAGUAUUACUCGUACGCGGUCGCCUUCGUGAACCGCCGCACCGACGGGACGCCGUCCGACGUGGCGGUCACGCUACGGGAGCUGGGGCUGAACAACCCGUCGGGGUAUGGGGUGGAGGACUUGUACGAAGACGUGGACUACGGAGUGCUGACUCCACAGACCAAGAUUAAAGUGAAGGUCAACCCCUCAGGUAGUGUAGUAAUAUUGCGAGCCGACGCGCAGCCCGCCUACUCGAGGUACCCCAUCAACUCCAUCCCGCCGCGGACGCCCUAUACUCCCCUAAACGACGUCUUCAGACUGACCAAGAAAUAAACGCCCUCUAUUAUCUACAUUAAGAACUAUCAACUUAAACUCCCUCUAGUGGUUCCCUUUUGAAACUCUAAGCACGCUAGUUAAGCUAGGAGUUUGAAAAUCAUUCUCAAAAGUACAAUAAAUGUAGUGAUGUCUUCAGUGUUACUUUCGAAUUCUAGAUUUUUAUGAUUGGUGUAAAAUAGUUACCAUUAGCUCGUUCUUGGUCUUGCCUGUAGGUUUACAUUAAUUUAUAUUUGUUUUCUCAUGCUGUGUUGUGAUGUUGAGACGGGAUAGUUUAGUUAAAUCGCGUGGAGAGUUGAAUUUUGCCAUUACGUUGUACCUAGGAUUAAGGAUGUACAUUUUAGGUGCCUGUUUAAAAUGUAAGUUUUUUUGUAGAGACACAAUAAAAUAAUUGUACCUGUGUAAAA